AUGGACUUGGAAUCGCGAUGCGCCUCACUACAGGCCGAGCUGGAUACCGCAACCCCCACUUCUCUCUCCAAAAGAAACCAAGAUCCGGUCUCCUGGCUGCCGAGGGCACCAGCGCGUCACGACCUCGAAUCGCACCGCUCGCCAGUCUCCUGCGUCGCUUUCCAUCCUAUAUUCUCCUCACUCGCCUCUGGUUCAGAUGACACCACGAUCAAAAUUUGGGACUGGGAGCUGGGUGAACUCGAGAGGACGAUCAAGGGACACACGAGGGCAGUACUGGAUGUUGACUACGGAGGUCCGCGCGGCGGCACUCUGCUUGCAUCGUGCUCGUCAGAUCUGACGAUCAAACUGUGGGACCCAGCAGACGACUAUAAGAAUAUCCGCACACUUCCCGGACACGACCACAGCGUUUCAUCGGUGCGGUUCAUUCCAUCAGGGGCCGCAGGAUCUCCCAUGUCCGGAAACCUGUUGGUCUCGGCAUCUCGCGACAUGACACUCCGCAUUUGGGAUGUGACCACCGGAUAUUGCGUGAAGACCAUGCAGGGUCACGGGGACUGGGUGCGCGAUGUUGUACCAUCCCCAGACGGUCGAUUCCUCUUCUCGGGUGGUGAUGACCGAGUGCCGCGUCUCUGGGAUGUCUCGUCCGGCGAAACCAAGUCAACAUUCCUAGGCCACGAACACUAUAUCGAAUGUGUCGCUUUCGCCCCGGCCACAAGUUACCCUCACCUCGCACCUCUCGCAGGGUUCAAGAAACCCCCAUCAGCAUCAUCGUCCGCCGAAUUCGUGGCGACUGGAUCUCGGGACAAAACCAUCCGUCUCUGGGACACUCGCGGAAACUGCAUUAAGACCCUUGUGGGCCAUGACAACUGGGUCCGCGCAAUGGUCUUCCAUCCCGGUGGCAAGUAUCUGCUCUCGGUUUCCGACGACAAGACAUUGCGAUGCUGGGAUCUCACACAAGAAGGGAAGUGUGUACGCACCAUUGUCGCCCACGACCACUUCAUCAGCUCGAUCCGAUGGGCACCGCCAUUAAUCAAAGAGACUGGUGCGAACGAGACGAACGGCGAGGCUGCGAAUGGCGCAAAGGAGGAUCCCAACGCGACUAAGAUGUCGAUUCGAUGCGUCCUCGCGACUGGAAGUGUGGACCUCAAAGUGCGCGUCUUUGCAUCAUGA